CCCUGCGCACCCUGCUCUCUCUCUCAUCGACCAAGCUGCUCUCUUCUGUAUAUAUAAUGGAAGUUUCAAACUCAAACAACUGCGAAUUCUGUUAGCUCUCCUUCGCAUACACUGCUGACUGCACUCUCUCUCUCUCUCUCUAGAAAGUAAAGCAACGAGACCUCUCGUCGUCAAUGUCGUCGGACAUAAGUUAAUUUUGUGAAUUUUCUGUUCUUCUCAUUCAAACACUCGCCUUAGGGCUUUUGAAAAAAGACUCCAAAUUUCCAUAAAUUCUACCACUUCUGGAGUUCAAUGGCGGUUGUUUUGAUUUGGAGUAGUCCGUGUAGCGUUCCUAGUAGCUGAUUUCAUGAGUUUGAUAGGUCACGUGGGUCAGUGAACUCUUUCAAGAUCUUAGCUUUUUUGUUUUUUUCUUUGCCUUAAAGUUUUAUUUUCAAGAUUUCCCCUAGGGUGUCGAAGGACUUGAUUUUUUCAAACAAUUCCAACGGUUUCUUUGAAUUUGAUGGCGAUAUGUCACGAGGGCUUAAUUGGAACUGAUUUCACGAGUUUAAUAAGUUACUUGGGUUGCUGAGCUCUUGCAAGAUUUUGGAUAUUUUUUUCCUGUGUUCGGGUUUUAGCUUGUGUUGUUUGAGUGAGGUUAUGGGGUUGGAGGAUCUGUUGCUUUUUCAGACGGCGGGACCGCCAAUAAAGCGGCGAGCAGGGUUGCGAAGGAAGCAGGCUGGUAGAGGUUCUUACAGAGGUAGCUAGGCUAGAGGUGGAGGUGGUGGUGAAUUCAGUGGGAAUUAGGGUUUUUUUUUUCAGUGACGAGUGGUUAGGGGAAUUGGAUUAACGUUCUUUUGAAUAUAGACCAGAUGGGUACUCACUUACACCAAGCACUCAGGGCCCUUUGUCUCAACACUGACUGGAAGUAUGCUGUCUUUUGGAAACUCAAACAUCGAGCUCGAAUGGUGCUGACUUGGGAGGAUGCUUACUAUGACAACCACGAGUUAUAUGGUCCUCCGGAAAACAUGUGCUUCCCUGGAAUGGGGGAUAACUUGAUUGAUUGGCAUUCACGUGAUCCUCUUGGGUUAGAGGUGGCAAAGAUGUCAUGUCACGUUUACUCUCUUGGUGAAGGGGUUAUUGGAAAGGUGGCAGUUACUGGAAAGCAUACGUGGAUUUUUGCAGAUAACUGUGUGACAGAUUCAUGUUCACCAUUUGAGCAUUAUGAUGGGUGGCAAACUCAGUUUUCAGCUGGGAUUAAGACUGUUGUGGUGGUGGCUGUGGUUCCGCACGGCGUUGUACAACUUGGCUCUAUGAAUAAAAUCCCUGAGGACUUGAAGCUAGUAAACCAUAUCAGAGAUGCCUUCUUUGCAGUUCAAGAUUCGCAAAUGGGGUGUACUCCUUGCAUAAUUCAGAGUACUCUGGGGCCUUCCUCUUCCUCAUGUCUGUCAAAUAUAUCUACGAUAAGUUCAGGAUCUGGAAAUUUUCAUGAUUGCGUAAGCAACAUUGGUAUACCUGUGAACAAGGAGAAGAGUCGGAAGACUAUAAUAAGGUCUCGCACAUCUUCCUCAAUUACAAACCUUGCUGAUUUUUCUUUCAUUCAACCAUCGCCUGGUGAUUUGCUAAAGAAGACAGUUGAAGCAAGCAGUAAGGAUGGAGGACUUGAAUUAUCAACAUUAGGGGGUCAUGUAAGUAGCAACCUACUACAAGCAAGUCCCGAAUUUUACUUUUCAGAGCAGCAGAAAUAUCAGAAUGACAUGCAAGUUCAGGAUGUUUUGGAAAAUACCAUAGAUUUCCCUACAGAAAUUGAUAUUUUGAAGUCAUUGAAAACACCAUUCAAGUUUUCUACUGACUGUGAGCUGUAUGAAGUACUUGGGCCAGCUUUUCAGAAACAGAAUAGUUCUUGUGAUUGGGAGUCAGAAAAGACUUUUACCGAAAAAACUAUUGAGAUGCCAGAUGGAAUGGACUGUAGUAGCCUGUUGACAGGAGAAACUGGCUCAGAGCAUCUUCUAGAAGCAGUGGUGGCUAACGUUGUCCGUAGUACAAGUGAUGAUAGAAGUGAAAAAUCAUUAUAUAGUUCGCCAAAGUCCCUGUUGACUUCUGAAAAAAUGCCACAGCCAACGUGUGAUAAGGUUACUGUUAGUGCAGUUGGGUAUUCAUAUGACCAAUCUUUUGUAGAAAAGGACACAUUGCACUCCUUGGGCUCUGAGUCUUUUGGUGUGAGCUCUUCAAUGGGCUUUUCGUCAAGGAGUCAUAGUGCAUUUAGUGAGCAGCUGAACAGUGCACAAGAACCAGCUAAGGGCAAUAAGAAGAGGGCUAGACCAGGUGAAAAUGGUAGGCCGAGGCCAAGGGACAGACAAUUGAUCCAAGAUCGUAUUAAGGAGUUGAGAGAGCUUGUGCCCAAUGGAUCAAAGUGCAGUAUUGAUUUACUUCUGGAGCGCACAAUCAAGCAUAUGCUCUUUAUGCAAAGCAUCGCUAAGCAUGCUGACAAACUAAGUAAAUGCGUAGAGUCAAAGUUGCACGACAAAGGAACAAGUUUAGGAGGCUUACCCGGAUAUGAUCAGGGUUCAAGCUGGGCAAUGGAAGUGGGAAGUCACCUGAAAGUUUGCCCUAUAAUGGUAGAGAACAUUAACGUGAAUGGGCAAAUGCUGAUUGAGAUGUUGUGUGAGGAAAGUGGCCAUUUUCUUGAGAUUGCAGAAGCCAUCAGGAGCAUUGGUCUAGCGAUUUUGAAAGGUGUAGCGGAAGCUUUUGGGAAAACAACACGAAUGAGUUUUGUGGUUGAGGGGCAGAAUAACAGAAGCAUGCAUCGGAUGGAUGUGUUGUGGUCACUUGUGCAGAUAUUGCAACCCAAGACAACGGUUUAGCAGCUAUGACAAAUACUGAACUGAAAAUCAAAUCAAGCGCAGAAGGUAGAGGCUUCCAUGUGGAUUCUGAAGAUAUUAGGAGUUUGUCGCCCCUAUAUAAGUUGAUAACCAUGUAAAGAUUUGCCUUUUCUUUUUUGCUGUUGUGUGUGGAGAUGGUAUCUUGUUCUUUUUUGGUUUUGUGUUUUUUUAUCUGUGUUGUUUUGUGUACCACGGAUUUUUUUUGACCUUGUUUGUCCUCUUGGAUCAAUUUUUGAGAGGCAUGGUAAUUGCAUAUCGUUUUUUACCAGCAAUUUAA